AUGAAGACCUUGAAGAAGCAGAGAAUAGAAAUGCUCAGCGUUUAUCAAUUUGUAAUCACUUACCUCUUCAUGGGCCUCUUCUCCUCCCUUCUUCUCCUCUGUCUUCUCUUCACGCCGUUCUGGUUCCUUUCCGUUCUCUACCUGGUGUGGCUUUAUCUAGACUGGGACACACCAGACCGAGGCGGUCGGCGCUUUGAGUGGAUGAGGAAGUGUAAGGUUUGGGAACAUUUUAGAGAUUAUUAUCCCAUCAAGCUGGUGAAGACGGCAGAACUGCCCCCAGACAGAAACUAUGUGCUGGCCUCACACCCUCAUGGGAUCAUGUGCGCUGGGACUUUCUGUAAUUUUGCCACCGAGGGCAAUGGCUUUUCCCGUCAAUUCCCGGGUCUUCGGCCUUUCGUGGCUGGACUGGCGGGCCUCUUUCGACUCCCUGUAUACCGGGAGUACCUCAUGAGCUUAGGGCUGUGCACAGUGAGCCGUCACAGCUUGGACUUCUUGCUGUCGGGGCCCCAGCUUGGCCAGGCUGUGGUCAUCUUGGUCGGGGGCGCUGCUGAGUCACUGCACGGGGUCCCGGGAAAGCAUUGCCUCACCCUCCGUAACCGACAGGGGUUCGUGCGCCUGGCCUUGAGGCAUGGGGCCUCCCUGGUUCCUGUAUACUCCUUUGGGGAGAAUGAGAUCUUCACACAAGCAUCAUUUGGGAGAGGGUCCUGGCAGAGGUCUUUGCAGGAAGCCUUCAAGAGAUACAUCGGCUUUGCUCCCUGCAUAUUCUGGGGCUGUGGUUUCUUCUUCCCCUGGGGAUUGUUGCCCUUCCCUGUGCCUAUCACCACUGUUGUGGGCCGCCCCAUCACCGUCCCCCAUCGUCCAAAUCCUACCCAAGAGGAAGUUGACUGGUACCACAGGCUCUACAUGGAGGCCAUAGAACAGAUGUUUGAGGAACACAAAGAAAGCUGUGGGGUCUCUCCUUCCACCCAUCUCACUUUCGUCUAG